AUGGCGACGACGGAUAUCUCUGACUUGUGUGCAAACCUAACUCUCGCUGAUGUGGAUGAUGAGGAUGGGUCCAUGCAGAUUCCUGAUGUCCCGGUGGAUCAUGCGGCUGGGGAUGGGGGAUACUAUGCAAUGUGUCGAGUAGUCACCAAUAAGCAGAUCCGUUUUCAGUUCUUUCAAGACACUAUGGCACUUGUUUGGCAGCCGGCAAUGGGUCUCACAAUGCGACAACUACAACCUCAAAGAUUUCUGAUACGGUUUUAUCACGACGCUGAUAUCUCCCGUGUGUUGGCUGAGGGACCAUGGACGUACGAGCAGUGUUUAUUAAUCAUGCAGAGGCUGCAACCUGGGGAGGACCCGGAGAAUGUUGUACUCCAAUUUGCUGAGUUUUGGGUACAAAUUCAUUCUUUGCCUACUGGGUUUCGGUCUGAGAUAGUUGUAUCUGCUAUAGGAAUGUUCCUAGGCAAUCUGGUAUGUGUGGAUGAGCGGAAUUUUGAUGGGGGGAUGCGAAUGUUUUAUCGUAUCCGGGUUGCAAUCGAUGUUAGUAAACCGUUGAAGAAACAGAUGAAGUUGAAGAAGGGGAAUGCUACCUGGGCGUUUAUCGAUUUCCGGCCACGGGGAUAG